UGACUACUCGCUACUCGCAGCUAAUCAUCCUCAUCUCAAUAGCUGAUCGCCACUCCAGACGUCAUUACGACAAUCAAACUUCCCACAAGAUGGCUCUCGCAAUGCGUCCCGUAGUUUCGGCUCCCCUCGCCGGAUGCUGCACUGUCCUCUCGGUAUUCGGAGUAUUCGGACUAGCAUUCUCCGGUCGCACCGAAGCCAUGACCGGAUCGACGAACGACCCGGAUGAUCCUACCGCCGUAGCUCAUGUUUGUUACAUGGCUGCAGCCGUCUAUGCGGCGUUUUUGGUGUUUUGCGGGUGUCAGAUGAUGGUACAUCGUAGAUACCCUCGAGGAGUUCAACUAUAGACGCUCUCGGAUUACGAACCCCUUUCUACUCUCAUCCGACCCUAUCUGGAUCUGUAUGGGCCCGACAAGUCAUACGUCAUGGCACGAAAUCGACCUCCUUUGCACUUGUAUUCGUACCAUACCCACCUUCCCCUUCUUAUGUUACAUUUCCCCUAUCUGCCUCGUUUCGUCGGCGGGGAGAUCAGUCAUGUAUUUAUUAUCGGGCCACGUAUGUUGUUGGUCUGCAGACCGUUGCGCGAUUCGGGUCUCAAGCGACCUCUACAGAUGAUAACGAACAAUGGCCCUGACCAGUGACC